AAGAGCUGGAAACACCUGAUGGUCUCUUUGGGACAAUCCGCUCCAUAUAACUCUCCUCUUAACUGUCAGAAGAUAAAUCUACCUCCAGGCUUCAUUUUUGUCGAGUUUUUGUUUUGUUUUCUCUUCUGAAAAAAAAAAAGUUACAGAGCCAGCUGAUCUCUCUCUCUCUCUCUCUCUCUCCCUCUCUCUCUCUCUCUCUCUCUCUCUCUCUCUCUUUCUCUCUCUUCUUUCUUCAUCCAAAGAAUUACUGAUAAGGAGACAUUGCACUACUCUUUUUUUUUUUAAUUGUUCCUAUUUAUUGUAUUUUGCACUAACGAUGCACACCACGCAAAAGGACACAACCUAUACGAAGAUUUUUGUCGGGGGUCUUCCCUACCACACCACGGAUUCAAGUCUCAGGAAAUAUUUUGAGGUGUUCGGUGAGAUUGAAGAAGCGGUGGUGAUUACCGACAGACAGACCGGCAAGUCUAGAGGUUAUGGAUUCGUGACGAUGGCGGAUCGCUCGGCUGCAGACCGGGCCUGUAAGGACCCCAACCCAAUCAUUGACGGCAGGAAGGCCAACGUCAACCUGGCCUACCUGGGCGCCAAGCCUCGGGUGAUGCAGCCAGGUUUUACCUUUGGUGUUCCCCAAAUUCACCCUGCGUUCAUCCAAAGGCCUUAUGGCAUUCCGGCCCACUACGUGUACCCUCAGGCCUUUGUGCAGCCUAGUGUGGUCAUCCCUCAUGUGCAGCCUGCAGCCGCUGCACCUGCCACCGCUUCCUCCCCCUACAUCGACUACACCGGAGCCGCCUACGCGCAGUAUUCUGCAGCAGCAGCCAGUGCUGCCGCUGCUGCAUACGAGCAGUACCCCUACGCUGCCUCCCCUGCAGCCGCAGGCUACGUGGCCACCGCCGGCUACGGCUAUGCAGUCCAGCAGCCUUUAGCCACCGCCGCCCCAGGCUCGGCCGCCGCUGCAGCCGCAGCCUUCGGUCAGUACCAGCCCCAGCAGCUGCAAGCUGACCGCAUGCAAUAGCAGCCACUGCAACCACUGGACAUGCAGAGAGAGGAGGCCCGCCCCCAGCCACAGCUGAUUGGUCAGGAGAGGGAGCAACGGAAAAGGAAGAGGGAGUGGCUUUAAGGGUGGUCGUGCCAGCGACUCAGAGGCAGAGUUGCUUUAAAAAGUGAUGAUGAUGAUGGUGGUGGUAGUGAUGAUGAUGAUGGUGAGGUGGGAACUUUUUACGGUAACUUUCCAACUUGCUGUGCUUCAACCAAAAAAUAAGAAAAUGAAAAAAAUUCGCAGAACAAAUAAUGGAAAGUGAUUUACUAUUAUUGUUGUUGUUAUUACUAUGAUUAUUAUUAUUAUCAUUACUAUUAUCAUUGUAGUAGAGUACUUAUUUCUAGAGAAGAAAGGCAGGAACUAAUCCCUGUGGUUGGUAUAGGUGUUAAACUAAGCCGUUAAGUCCUAUUGCUGUCUUUAACGUUAGUUUAGGAAACUGUUCUCUUUCAGUUAUUUGAUGCCCUCAUAACAUUUAUAUUUAUUAUUGUUAUUAUUACACAUUGAGGGCUCUCCUUGUUCUUUUUGUCUUUUCAAGUGCAUUUUUUGGAGUUAAUAUUUUCUGAUAAUCAGGGAAAUGGAACCGUUUCCAACGUGUUAGCUAUUAUUAUGUGACCUCUGUCAGGAAGUCGAGGAGUUGUAACUCGUUGUGUCACACAUAUUUGAAGAACUACCUUUUUAUCUUCCUGAUGCUGAAUGUCCCUUUUUUUACUCUGUGUCUCGACCUCUUAACCUAUGCAAAGCAAACAAAUCACCAGGAGACAAAAAAAAACAAAAACAAAGAAAAGAAACAAAAAAACUGAAAAUGUCAUCAACUCUGACUUGACUCUUGGACUAAAGAGGGACUUGGCAAACAAAACAAAGGCACUGACAACAGGAGAGAGGUUGAAAAUGGCUUCAGACAAUGAGAAACACUAAAUCGGUCGCUUUUCCACAUGUUUCACUCACACGUACACCGACACAUGCAUCCAGAGUUGCACACAUAGCAGUCAAAGACAAAGGCAGCACAGUCGUGUUUCUCUCUGGCUCUGGGAUGGAGAGAAAGAAAGAAAGAAAGAGGGAGAGAGCAGCUGCUGGUGGGGGUGGACAGAGCCGCUCCAGCGCCACACAGACGGAUCACUCUGGAAAGAACGCAUCACUUGUGCUCGUUUGUUGAGCUGUCACAUUUUAAUCCCCGGCCGGGCCCAUUUGGGAACCAACUUUACACCCCUCCACCCAACACAGAGCCCCACAGCAGAG